AUGUACAUGCGGACCUCGAAACCCUUGGCACGCCUAGCAUUAGGCUCGCCAUUGCCAAAGCAAACAUACGCCAGACGAAAGCUCGCCACAGUGAGCUCUGCAGGCUCAGAGGCAAAGUUGAGUCGAUUUGAGAGGGUGCACACUAUCAACUAUGGCGACCUCGCGCAGCGCAUCGAGUCAAGUCGUCGAAUACUUGGAAGGCCUCUGACGUAUGCAGAGAAGAUCCUUUUCGCCCACGCAGAUAAUAUCGGUGACCAGCCCCUAGAGCGCGGGAAAACACAGCUGAAGCUCCGUCCAAGGCGGAUAGCAUGCCAGGACGCAACCGCGCAGAUGGCCAUCAUCCAAUUCAUGUCCGCAGGUUUGGACUCUACGGCAGUGCCGACAACUGUGCAUUGCGACCAUCUCAUCGUCGGUAGGACUGGCCAAGACGAGGACUUGCCUCUGGCGCUGAAAACGCAUAAGGAGGUUUACGACUUUCUUUCGAGCGCGUGCAAGCGAUACGGCAUGGGAUUUUGGAAGCCCGGCGCCGGCAUCAUCCACCAGACUGUAUUAGAGAAUUAUGCAUUCCCUGGAGGCCUGAUGGUUGGUACGGACUCGCACACUCCUAACGCGGGAGGCAUGGGCAUGGUUGCUAUUGGUGUAGGUGGCGCCGACGCAGUUGAUGUCAUGGCUGGGCUGCCUUUCGAGUUGACUGCGCCAAACAUAAUUGGAGUUAGGCUGACAGGCCAGCUUUCGGGGUGGGCGACUCCUAAAGAUGUCAUCAACAAAUUGGCCGGUAUUUUGACCGUCAAAGGGGGAACUGGCUCAAUCAUAGAGUUCUUUGGCCCCGGUACUGAAUCUCUUUCGGCGACGGGCAUGGCUACCAUCUGCAACAUGGGCGCUGAGACAGGAGCCACUACGUCAAUCUUUCCGUACUCUGAGGCUAUGAACGCGUAUUUGAAAGCGACUCACCGGCACGAUGUCGCCGAAGCCGUGCGGUUCGCCUCCGCUGAGUUACGCGCGGAUGCAGACGCCCAUUACGACAGGGUCAUCGACAUCAACCUCUCAGAGUUGGAACCUAUAAUCAACGGACCUUUCACCCCCGACCUGUCGACGCCCGUCUCGAAGCUCUCUAACGCUGUCAACGAGGAAGGCUGGCCGAAGCAGCUCACGGCGGGACUCAUCGGUUCCUGUACGAACUCGUCGUUUCAGGACAUGUCAAGGGCGGCUGAGCUGGCAAAGCAGGCCUUGGACGCUGGUCUGGAGCCCAAGAUGCCCCUUUUUGUUUCGCCUGGAAGCGAGCAGACCAGAAAGACACUGCAGGAGAACGGCGUGCUCGAGGUAUUUGAAACAUUGGGUAGCAAACUUCUCACCAAUGCCUGCGGGCCGUGUUGCGGUUCUUGGGAUCGGCAGGACAUGGAAAAGGGCGUUAAGAACUCUAUUCUCACAUCAUAUAACCGCAACUUUACAGGCCGUCUAGACGGAAACCCUGCCACCCAUAUUUCCGACGACCUCACAUUCAACCCCACGUCAGACUCACUUAUGACCCCCUCCGGAUCAGAAUUUCGAUUCCAACCACCAAGCGGAGACGCUCUACCUUCCCAAGGUUACGAAAACACAGAUUACGUCUACAGCUCACCACCAUCGACAGGCCGCGAAGCAAUCGAGGUGCAGAUCACCGAAACCUCAAAGCGACUGCAACGUCUCGCCCCAUUUGAGCCUUGGCACGGCAAAGAUUUUGAGGAUUGCGCCAUCCUCAUCAAGGUGCAGGGAAAGUGCACGACAGACCACAUCACACCCGCUGGUCCCUGGUUCGCGUAUAGGGGCCACCUGGGUAACAUCUCGAACAAUACGCUCAUAGGCGCCGUCAACGCCGAGACGGGCCAAGUAAACAAAGUACGUAACUGGCUUACCGGCGAAGAAGGCGAUGUCCCAGGGACCGCGAGGGCGUAUAAGGCGGCGUCACAGCCGUGGGUCGUCAUCGGAGACCACAACUACGGUGAAGGGUCUUCGCGCGAGCAUGCUGCGCUGCAACCGCGGUACCUUGGCUGCGUGGCUAUUCUCGCAAAGAGCUUUGCAAGAAUCCACGAAACGAACCUGAAGAAGCAGGGGCUCCUGGCGCUGAAGUUCGUGAAGGAGGGCGAUUAUGACCUCGUCAAGUCGUCGGACCGGAUCAGUAUUGUUGGGUUGAAGCACUUGGAACCUGGCAAGCAUGUGGAGGUCAGAAUCACGCCGGAAGGCGAGGGGAGGGAGAGCUUUAGUAUCGAAGCUAGUCAUACCUUGACCGGAGAGCAGAUUGAGUAUUUCCGGGAGGGGAGCGCGUUGAAUUUGAUGGCGAAACGGAAACAGAUGAAGGAGGCAGAAGUAUAG